AUGGGGGAACACAAAACGAAACCAUCGAAGCCUGCAGGCACCAAACGGAAACUCGAAAACGCCCCAGAUGCGGACGCGAACCCCGAGCCCUCUCCGAAACGCGCGCAGCCGCAGCCUCAGCCUAAAUCUGCAGCCCGCCAGGAACAGAUCGAAGUCGACGACACAAUCGCCAUGAUGGACCCGGCCUUACUGGCAGAUCAUUUUGCGAAAUAUGUUCGAAAAAGCUUUCCGGACAGCAGUGCGAUCGAACUGGACGAUCAGCUAUUGCCUUCCAAAGCGUUCCUCAAUACCACGGAUUUCGACAAGCCUCAUGAGGCUGCGAAUCUGCCUGCCUUUCUGGAGAAAUUCUCGAAAGAGGGCAAAAGCGGCUUAUCAUCUUGCGACGACAAGGGAUCGCCCCAUACGCUGGUGGUUACAUCUUCCGGGAUACGGACGGCGGACCUUUACCGUGAACUGCGCGUGUUCAACAGCGACAAUGCAAAGGUUGCGAAACUGAUUGCGAAGCACAUGAAGCUAAAAGACAACGUGGAAUACAUGCAGAAAACCAGGGUCGGAAUUGCUAUCGGAACUCCGGGCAGACUCAAGGAUCUGAUCGAUGCCGGGGCCUUGAAGACCAAAGGAAUUCGGAGAAUCGUGGUCGAUGGGUCAUACCGUGACCAGAAGAAGAGGACUAUUUUUGAAAUGGAUGAACUGUUUCGACCGUUGUUGACUUUGCUCAAUUCAGACGAGAUCCGUCCGAGAUAUGUGGCGGCCGACGACCGGAUUGAGUUGCUGGUGUUCUAG